GAAAAUUGCAUUUCCUGAGAAGAACAGUCAGGUUUUUUUGCAAUUGAGAAAUAGGAAUAUGAAUAUUAGUAAUCCUCAAGUUAUUAGAUCUGAGAAUGAGUUUACAAAUGUGAGAAGAAAUCCUUAUUUCAAGUCAAUGAAAAGAAUGAUAAAUUUACAGAAUCUUUUCAAAGAUCAGAAAGAAUUAAGUAGGAGACAGGGAAGACUCGAGGAUCUUCAGAAAAGAAAGUUAUCGCACUCGUUUGAAUCAAAGAAACAUCUUAUGCCUGCACAAAAAUAAUACUAAGCCUUAUGCUAACUUGGUCUAUAAAUCAUCACAGCAUAAGCCGAUAGAAAUUCACAAAAGCUAUGAACUCCUUCCAUCUCAAGCUAUCCUAACAGCUCACAGAGCCUCACUUGAUUCAACCCAGACUCCUUACCUGAAGAAAGUGUUGUCUAAAUCAACCACUCAAAAAUAACAUCGGAUCUGUUCCCCACCACUCAAGAGAUGGCUCCUUAAUAAACCCUCCUAAAUUUGACCCCAGCCAGUCAAUCCCUGCUUCAGAGUGCACCAUUAAAGUCAUCAAGCAAGACAAGCUCAACAAAAUCAAACAGAAAUAUAACAAGCAGAUGAUGGCUAACAGAGUUAAUAGAGAUAUCGGAUAUAGACAGUGAAACCUGAACUAUAGUCUUGGGAUCUAA